AUGGAAACGGUAUUUCAAACGCUUACGAUAGAAGAUGGCAUACUGGCAAUUAAGCACGUCUGCGAAUCAACAAUAACACCGCAUACAGCGAUUUCACCGUUACGUAAUCUACGCCAUUUGUUGAACGGCAUCACUGCUCACAGCGUUACUAGCCUAGAAGAAGACAUGGGUGAUUUUCUUCUUGAAGAUAACUAUUUCGAAGACAAUUGGGUCCAUCAAUCGAGCGCCUUAUCUUGGAAUUCCCCUCAUCCAGAAAAAACCAUACCAAGCACUUCAAAUUUUCCACAGACAAUUUCAGAUCAGCUUACACCUGUAAAUUCUUCCAUGUCAUUACCAAGCAACUCUCGAAUGUAUCGCUUAUGUUGGAUAUCUGAUUCAGAGCAGGACUCGAUAUCAGCUGAUGCAAAUUUUUCGUUGAACCACUUUUCAUCUACCAUGGACAGUGCAUAUGCAGGAUACGGCACAGGUACUUGUUUUGCUGACGAAUUGAAUCCUCAUAAUAAUUCAGAGGCCUUCAUUUGA